UCCAGUGAGGACUCUGACGCAGUCUACAAGAAGUUCAAGAAUCGCAAAAAGGUGGCGGCGAAAAAGUCCCGCAAUGAGACAAAGCGGCUUCAGGUCAAGAAAGGUGCCAUGGUCGGGCGUCAGCCUAAGCAGCUCGUGCCAGUCAAGCGCCAGCGCGAGUAUGGAGACGAAAGCGACGAUGACAACGACCUGAUGGAGUACACCCUGCCAGAAUACCUCAAAAAGCGGCGCAACUCGUGGGAUCAGCGCGUGAAUUUGACUGGGCUUGGGUUGAGAGUUCCUCCUCAGUACGAAGAAGGUUUUUUCCGCGGCACAGGUCUGGAGAACAUCAAGAAUCUCAACGAGAAGCCAAAUUUGCCUCUGCUCGCACCUCCCGCACCAUACAAAGACAUUGUGCUUCCCGCAUCCCACGGCGUCAUCCCGGCACCGAUCGCACAAUAUCUCAAGCCAUACCAAGUCGAAGGCACCGCAUGGCUGCAUGAGAAGUUUGUCUUCCAAAAAGGAUGCCUCCUCGGAGAUGACAUGGGUCUCGGCAAGACCAUCCAAGUCAUCUCGUUCCUCACUGCAGCGUUCGGGAAGACAGGCGACGAGAGAGAUGACCGGCGAAUGCGGAAGUGGCGGAGAGAGAAGGGCGAUGAAUGGUACCCUCGUGUGUUGAUCAUCUGUCCGGGAGGUCUGAUGCACAAUUGGCAGAGUGAAUUGGAUCGGUGGGGUUGGUGGAAGACGUACUUGUAUCACGAUGCCGACAAGGAAGCCGCGCUCGCCGCUGCGGAGAAUGGACGACUCGAAAUCAUGAUUACCACAUACAACACCUACCGCCUGAACGAGAGUGCCAUCAACAACAUCCGUUGGGACUGUGUCAUCGCAGAUGAGUGCCACAUCAUCAAGGAGAAGAAGGCAGAGAUCACAAAAGCCAUGGCCAAUGUGAAUGCCCUCUGUCGCAUCGGCUUGAGCGGCACCGCAAUUCAGAACAAAUACGAAGAAUUGUGGACCCUCCUCAAUUGGGCGAAUCCGGGAUGUGUGGGACCCAUCAGCUCGUGGAAACAGUCAAUCUGCGUGCCACUGAAGACGGGACAGAGUCACGAUGCCACAGUCAUGCAGCUCUCCAAAGCAAGACGCAUCGCCACGAAACUGGUUACUAACCUCCUGCCAAACUUCUUCCUCCGCCGCACGAAGGCACUCAUCGCGGAUCAACUCCCCAAGAAGAGCGAUCGAGUCGUGUUCUGUCCUCUGACCAAGACUCAAGCGGAUGCAUACAACAACUUCUGCGACUCGGAAAUUGUUCACGCCAUUCGAGAUUACGCCGAACCGUGCUACUGCGGCUCUGGAAAGAAGCAAGGCUCAUGCUGUCGUGUAGAGGUUGAUGGUGUCAGGUGGCAGACAUUUGUCUUCUCUGCCCUCGACACGGUGAAGAAGCUCGCCAAUCACAUCGCUCUCCUCGUCCCCACUGGUGUCAUCGAACCCGAGAAGCAUGCAAAAGAGCUACAUCGCUUGCAGCUUGCCCUUCCAGAUAUGUGGCAGAAACUGUACGCAGCUCGCGAGAGCAUGCUCAUGCACUCCGAUGAGGAGUUUUGUGGCAAGUGGAAAGUCCUCAAACGACUUCUCAACCUCUGGCAUAACAGCGGCGACAAAGUCCUCAUCUUCUCCCACUCCGUCCGCCUGCUCAAGAUCCUGCACCUCCUCUUCCAAACCACGGGCUACAAAUUCUCCUACCUCGACGGCUCCAUGUCCUACCACGACCGCCAACUCACCGUCGACAACUACAACUCCGACCCCUCUCAAUUCGUCUUCCUCAUCUCCACCAAAGCCGGUGGCGUCGGUCUCAAUAUCACCUCCGCCAACAAAGUCGUCGUCGUCGACCCAAACUGGAACCCCUCCUACGAUCUCCAAGCUCAAGACCGCGCCUACCGCAUCGGCCAAGUCCGCGAUGUCGAAGUCUUCCGCCUCAUUUCCGCCGGCACGGUCGAGGAAAUCGUCUACGCCCGUCAGAUUUACAAGCAGCAACAAGCCAAUAUCGGCUACAACGCUUCCGUCGAACGAAGAUACUUCUCCGGUGUGCAGGACGAUAAACUGCACAAAGGCGAGAUCUUCGGCCUAACCAACAUUUUCGCCCCGCAAUCCGACAACGUCGUGCUGAGAAACAUCGUAAACAAAACCAACAUCGCGGAAACACGUGCGGGUGUGCAAAUCGCCGGUCUCGAUCUCGAAGCCAUCGGCGAAGACGAAGACGGCACUGGUUUCGGUCCUCUUGAUGCUGGCAAUGAAGAUGCGGCGAUGCAUCACCUCGCGGCCGAGAUCAUUGACGAGGCAGGAGCGAGACGCAAAGCAGCCAAAGCGGUCGCGAAACGCAAGGAUCCUGUUCAAGCCAUCCUCCUCGCCGCGGGUGUCGCUUACUCGCACGAGAACGCCGAAGUGGUGGGUAGUUCGCGAGUAGAAAUGCAGAUUUCCAGUCGGGCGCAGAAAGCGGGUGAUGCGGCGGCGUGGAUGGAUCAGGCGGCUUUUGGGCGGAGCAGGAGUGGUGUAGCUGGCGGCGAAGGAGCUCAAGACGAGCAGAUCAAGUACAAAUACCGUCCGCCGGAGGAUGUCAGGAGGAGGCAGUUUGGGACGAUGGCGAAGGGGUUCGGGUAUGAUGAUGUGGCGGAGUUUGCGCUGGUGGUGGAGGGUUGGACGCAGGCGGAACGGAGGGAUUGUUUGGAGAAGUUUUAUGCGAUGAGGAAGGAGAUGCUUGUUGGU